GAUAUGGAUUUGGCCUAAAAAAAACUAAAACUAAAUCCAAUUGAUUUAUUCACCUUUUUCAUUGAUAAUUUAGUAUUAGAUUCCUUUAUUCUGGAUAUCUUAUAAAAAAAAUAAAUGAAAAAAUGUUCAUCUAAAAUCAAUGAUUGUAUUUUUGGAGAAGAAAAUUUUCAGAAUUUUCUUUUUACCACUCAAUCGCACUUUAUAUUUUACAUUUGGUUCCGGUCCAAUGAAUCAUGGACAUUGACCAAAAUCAUCAAUUAAAUAGUAAUCAUUUCCGUAAUCAACAAAAUUCAUCAUCAACAUCAUCAUCAUCAUUAUUAUCAUCAUCGGGAAGUGCUGUACAUCGAAACAUAACAAAUCAUCAUAAUCAAACUAAUGAUAAUAACGGUAACAUAAAAGACGAACAAUCAUCAACAACAACAACAACAUUGACAGCAACAAAACAACAACAAUCAUCAAAUCAACGGAACCAAAAACAAUCAACAACAUCAGUAACAGAAAAAGAAAUGGUUGGCGGUUGCGCUGUUUGUGGUCAAGAUGAAGGAUAUCUAGACAAUGUAAUCAUCUAUUGUGAUGGUGAUGGCUGUGAGAUUGGUGUACAUGAAGCCUGUUAUGGUAUCACAACGAUACCGAAAGGUGAAUGGUAUUGUACACCAUGUUCGAUUAAUCAGAAGCCCGAAAAAUGUGAAUUAUGUCCAGCACGAUAUGGUGCAUUCAAGCCAACGGCUAAUGGCCGUUGGUGUCAUGUUGUUUGUGCAUUAUACAUACCAGAAGUUGAAUUUGAAAAUAUCAAUACGAUGGAACCAAUUGUUUUGGAUCGUAUUGAUGCGCGUCGUGUUGGCUGUGUUUGUAUUCUAUGUGAAAUGAGUGGCAAAGAUAAGGAUACGUCACGUAGUGGCUGUUGUAUGUCAUGUCAUUAUCCAAAUUGUCCGAAUAAGUUUCAUGUUACCUGUGCCCAAUAUCAAGGAUAUUUAUGUGAAGAAGCAUCAGCGACAAGGCUAAAAUAUAAAGCCUAUUGUCCACAACAUAUUGAAAAGCUUAGGAAUCCGCGGCGAACCAAAAUUAAAAUUUUACCCGCAUAUCGACCGGAAGAUCCGAAUCGUAAACAAUCCAAUUGUUUCCUAUUGCUUAAUGAUGAUAAUGAUGAUGGUUUGAUUUCAUCAAAUCGACCAACAUUAAAUCUACCAUCACCAAUAUCACCUAUGACAUCACAGCAACGAACUAGCCUAAAUUCAUCAUCCGGUUCAUCAGAUACAAAAAAUUCUGCAAAAAUUUUAAAAGAAAUAGCCAAUAAUAAUCGAUCACAACAACGUAAAAAUUCUGCCAAUUCAAUCAAUAAUAAUAAUAAGCUAACAACGAAAACAUCUACAAUGAUCUCAUCCACAAGCCAAUCAAUGAAAAGAUCUUCCUUCAAUAGUUAUUCAACGACCAAUGUAAAUUUUACUAAUAAUACUUCCGAUUUAUCGAAACAUCAGCAAUCAUUUACAAAAUCAAUGUUAACAUCACCGGCAUGUCCGAAUGAAUCAUUACAAGUACCACGUAAACGUACAUUAUCAGCAUCAUCGUCAUCAUCAUCUGCAUCAUCAUCAUCGUCAGAAUCAUCAUCCAGUGGUUCAUCAAGUUCUGGUUCAUCUAAUGAUUCAUCCGAUGAUGAGAAUGAAUCGUCGCCAUUAACCGCUGCUGCAAAUGUUUCGAAUAAAAAACGAUCGUCAACAGUUGCAACCACAGCGGCUACAUCGCAAUCAACAUCAGCGGCAAUUCCAUCCACUUCGAGUGGAAAUAAACGUAAACCAUCAUCAUCGACAAGACGAUCUUCAUUAUCGACUACAUCCGAAGAUGAUGAUGAUAAUUCCGAUGAUACUGAUGAAAGCAGUUCUGAAGAUGAAUCGGACUCUGAUUCCGAUGAUUCAAGUAGUUCUUCUUCAUCUACUACUCCAACUAGUACACCGAAAAAAAUACCAAUGUCCAAUUCAACCAUUGUACCAUCUUCAACCGGUGGUGUUAUGGCAACAUCAUUAUCGACUACGGCAACUGUUCCAUUACAAUCAGCGGCAAAUAAUACUGCAUCGAUUCCAAACUCAUCGACAAAUCGUCAUAAACCCAAUACAUCCAUUUUACAAUCAUCAUCGAAAUUAAUAUUAUCCGAUGAAGGUUCGUCAUCAGCAUCAUCCGGAUCAUCAUCAUCUGGUUCAUCAUCCGAUUCGGACGGAUCGAAUUCAUCAAGUGAUGAUACAUUAACAAAAAGAAAGAAAAAAUCAACAUCUAAAACGACGGCAAAGAAUUCGACCAAAUCAGUGACAAAUAAAAAUAAAAAGAUAAAAGUAGAUUCAUUGAAACAGCCACCGAUCAAACCUAAUUCGGGUAAAAAUCGAAAUAAUAAAUCCGAAUCAAAACAUCAAAUUAAUCAACAAUCACAGCCAUUAAAAAAUGAAAUAUCGACAACCACAACAUCAACAAAUCGUACAAUAACAAAAGCACCAGGUUUAAUUAGUCAAACAAUUUCGAUUGUUGAAAAAAGUGGUACAUUAAAUGCCACAACAACAAUUGCCAAUUCUACAGCUAAUUCUAUUUUGACUAGCCAAAACGCAACAAAACGUACAUCAUCAUCCAAAUUAAUACUCAGUGAUACCGGUGAUAGCGAUGAAGAGGGAAAUAUCAAUACUGAUAAUGACGAUGAUGAAGAUUUUCGAAUUAGAAAACGGAAAAAAUCAGAACGUUCCACUACCACAGCAACAUCAACGAAUAUGAAACGUCGAAAUAGCUCGAAUAAUAAUGGUAUCUCAAUUUUGAAUUCAAAUUUGGCUACUAUUUCGAAUACUUUGGCUGUUUCACCUAAUUUUGCUAAAAUUUCUCAAAAAUCAUCAUCAAUGACAUCAAAUCGUUCGUCGAAACUGAAAAACAAUAACGAUAUUGUUGGGAGUGGUAAAAAUUCACAAACACGUAGCCAUAGCCAAAAAACCAAGACUAAUCAACCAUCAACAUCGACGAAACAGCAAUCAAAAUCGAAAUCUAAUGAAAAAUCUGCAAUGUUGGCAUCUAAUAAAAAAUCUGCCAGAUCUCAAUCACAAAACAAUACUAAUAAUCAAUCGGUUGCCAAAUUGAAAUCACCUACCAUGUUAAAAUCACCAAUAUCUAAUCAUCAAAGAAAUUCAAAAACUACGACGACGCCUACCAUUGAUGGUGAAGAUAUACAAGCUAAAAUUGUGGCCAAAUCGAUGGAUAACAUAUCUCCAUCAUCAUCACAAGUGACCAUUCCAUCCGUUGGAUGUUGCCAUCAUCAACCAGUGCCAAAUGCCUGUAUACAUCAUCCAAUCUAUCCACAAUUAGCGUCACCAAAUCUUCAUGCAAAUAUUAAUGGUAGUAAUUAUUGUACUGCUCUAUCGAUCAAUACUGGUGUUAAUAACAGCGUGGAUCAUCCAUUAGAACUAGCCAGCAAUAAUAAAGCAAUUAUACAUCAUUCCAAUGAUAAUAAAUUAUUGACAACAUGUACAUCUUCAUCGAUGGCCAAUCUUCAAUCGACUAUUCCCCAAUCAUCCGCAUCAUCGAAAUCGAUGGCCAUUGCAAGAUCACAAAUUCCAUUCAGUCCAUCAAUGGUUCCAUGUUAUGGACCAAAUAUUCAACCAACUGGCCUACAACAUUCACCAUCCAUAGAUCUGCCACCAACACCGAAAACAUUGGAAGAAUUGUUAGAAUUUCAAUGGAUACAUUCAUCACAUUUCCUAAUGACACAAGAAGACAAUAAAGAAGCGUCCAUUAUGUUACAAAAACUUCAUGGUCUUAUUACCGAAAAGAAUAAACUACAUAAAGAAAUGAAAUCAUUACAACGUAAAGUAGAUUUUUAUGAUUCAACAUUAAAAUUGGUAAAAGAUAUGGUAAUCAUUUCGGCUCAACAUAAUGAUGAUGAAAAUGAUGGUGGUAAUGGUGAUGAUGAUUCGAAUCAAUUUGAUCCGGCUAUGAUGAUGAUGAUGAUGAGAUCAUUAAUGAUGACUAAACGAUCAUCAACAUCAUCAUCAUCGGGAGCAGUAAAUGGUACCAAUUCGGCAAUCAGUAUUGAUGAUAAUAAAAAUAAUAGCAACAGCAACCACAAUAGUAAUAAUAAUUUACUGAAAACAAACCAAACAGCAACAACAUCAUCAUCACCACAAAUUAAUAACAUAUCAAAUACGACCAUAAAAUCUGGUUCAUCAACACCUGUAUCACAACAGAAUUGUUUGAUUUCUACGCCAACACCACCAACACCAUCGACAAUUGCCACACCUACCAAUACAUCAUUGAAUAAUAUUCUGGCAGCUACAACUACCACCGCCCCAGUUUCAACUAGACAAUUGAGGAUCAAUAAUAAUACUAACAAUAUGGAUGCCAAUUGUUUGGAUGUUGGUAAUAAUGUUCGUCAAACGAGACGAAGUUCAAACAAUUCUCUUCAACAACAACAACAGGCAAUGACUAUGGGUCCAUUAGAUCCAACAACGACCAUAACUGGAUCACCACUACCGGGACCACAGCAGCUCAAUAAUUCUUCAUUGACUACCUCUUCCUCCUCCUCCUCAUCAUCAUUAUUAGCGAAUACAAAUUCAUCAACAUCAUCAUCAUCCAUACCGGAUAGUUAUGCACAUUAUCUAAGUAAACAUUUAAAUAGUCUGUCAUCAUCAUCGAAUAUAACGCCCAAUAAUUUACCACCAACUACUGGUUUCUCCUCUUCUUCAUCUUCUUCCUCGUCUUCUUCAUCAUCUUCCGGAUAUUCAAGUUCAUUAUCGAAUAAUAAUGGAACAAUUUGCCCACCUUCACUACCACCACCACCUCCUCCGCCUCCUCCUCAGUUUCUUCCCACACAAUCGGGUAAUUUUGAUUCAAAACUUUUAGCCACCACUGCAACCAAUAUUAUUGGUCAUCAUAAUAAUUUACAUGGAAAUUUAAUCGAUACGAAAAAUCAUUCACAUCUUCAGCAACAACCACUGACACAUAACCAUCAUCAUGCACAUCAUUCACAAACAACACCAUUCAUGAAUCAACAACCAUUUUUGGCUACAACGAAUGGUGUCCAACCAUAUAACACCAAUCAAUCGACAACACCAUCAUCGAAUUCAAAUAAUGGCAAUAAUAAUUAUCGAUCAUCAACACGACCAUUACGAUCAUCAUCAUCGAAUCAAUCGACCAUACCGAAUGGACAAAUGAAUGUACAGCCAUACAAUAAUCAUCAUCAUAAUCAUCAUCCUAUACAUCAUACUGCACAACAGCAGCAACAAUUUCAUCAAUUUCAACAACAUUAUUAUAAUAAAAAUUAGGGUCAUGGUGAUUGUUUUUGGUGGAUUCAAGA